AUGGCCACCGUGGACACCUUUCCCUUUCCCGCCUUCGCGGGCUCCAUCCCUGCUGCCGAUCGUGCUUCACUCUCAGGACUCUCGGACGCUGCCAUUCGCAAAUGGGUUGUCGCCAAGGCAAAGGAGUACCGCGAGAUCGCACUGUCUCUGCUAUCUCUUCACAACUCAAUCGCCCCGAUCCACCGAGCUUUGCCAACGGAACUCCUCUCUGAAGUUCUUUCAUACUGCUGGGACGACAUGCGCAGUGUGCGCCUCAUGCAUGUCUGCCGCCUCUGGCGCGCGGUAGCCCUCAAGACCCCGCAACUGUGGGCAGAAGCCGCCGCAGCUCCGGGUACCCAAUUCACAUUCAACAAGGCCAGGAUACACGCGCAGUGCCAAGACCUGGAGGAGAACCGCAUCUCGUUUGCGGCCACCGCGAUAGAACUCUCGUCUCCGGCACCGCUGCGCCUCAAGAUCCAUUUUCUCCCCAACGCCUUAUCCCAGACACUCUCAUCGCACACCUCCCGACUCGUCGAUUUGUUUGUCCGCCUCAAAAGCGUCGCCCAGCUCAAGUCUCUGUGCGCACUUCUUGCCAACGGUGUUUACAACCUCAACGUCCUCGGUAUCGCGUUUCCCGGAUAUACAGGGAUGAACCGAGAGUGGCUGGUUCCGGGAACCAGAACCCACUACGACGACAUCGACGAGCAGGGCGACCAACGGAACCUCUCCAAGGAACUCACCAAAUGGAGCUCGGAUGUUCAAGGCCAGAUCGUGGACACUCCUCGUCUUCAGACGCUCCGAUGCGUUCCGAUCGAUCUCGUGUCUCACUUUGCUUGCCCCACCGUACGCGACAUGUGCAUCACGGAUAUCACGGACCUCUAUUAUCCAAGCGAAGGCUUGAUCUACAAUGCGAAGUCUCAGCGACGUGUUAACGUCGAGAUCGCAAAAAUCGCUCGCUCUGUCUUCUUGGCCGAGGCGAGGACUCUCUGUUCAGCCACACCUCGCAUGCUGCUGCUGGACACCUCGACGAGGGUCCUGGAAGACGACAACCGCGGCCCCGGUGGGCACCAGCGCACCCGCCCUGACCUCUCCAUCUACUUCAACACCGAGCGCACUCAGGAGCUGCCGGCUGCGAAGACACCCGACGAGUCCGAGUCGGAAGACGAUGCAGAGGCCUGCGAUCAACUCGGCGAUAGCUCACAGACUCCGACUCGUGCCGAAGCCAUGAACGAAUUCGCUGGUGCAACGUCGUACGCCGACAUCGUCGUUCCUAUGCAAGCGAAGACAUCCCACGACCACGCAGCCUUCCGGUUCCAAAGUCACACUGGCGGGGUGGCACGAUGUUACAGCGAGAACGGGUGUCAGUCUCUAACCCAGAUCACCGAGUACUGCUCCGCAAUUCUCGGACGACAGCACCGCACCCAUUUGUACGCGGCGCUCGACUCCUCUUCGUCGAUCGCGAACGCUGCUACAUCUCGGAACAGUUCGUGUACGGCACACGCGAAGAUCAGACACUGCAUCGCUUCUUCUGGCGUCUCGCGCGCAUGGAUCGUCGGCAACUCGCCGGUGACUCUGGCCGACGGUGAAGACGAGCGGCGGCUGCUCGCGCACGCACGGGGCAUGAAGACGGCCGAUCCGCAACGGGCUCUGCUUCUCCGUGCUCUGUGUCGUGAUCCGGAGAACACCGACAAAUUGGUCUCCACACAGUGGCCACUCCAGCGCAUGACGGUCGGAAGCGAGACGUAUGUGGUUGGGUGUCCGAUCAUCCAGACCUGUGCGCUGUACGGGCCCGCGCCACGAGUGUUCCACGGCUUCCAUGUCGAGCAGGACGGCUCGAUCAAGGGUUACGCUAUCAAGGACUAUUGGCGACCCGACCACGAGGAGAUGGAGCACGAGCACAAGGUCUACGAUAGGCUGAAAGAGGCGAAGGUCACCAACAUCCCCAGCUGCGUUUAUGGCGGCGACGUCGUGGUCGACGGUCAAACCCAGCGCACGAAGAAUGGGCGCCUCGUUCCUUACGUCCACUACCGCAUCGUCCUCGAGAAGAUGUUCGAACCUCUUUUAGAGUUCGAGAACUUCCGCGAGCUUUCGGGGUUCGUGUUGAACGCCAUGACCGCACACGAGCAGGCGUGGUGUGGCAAAGCCGAAACACUCCAUCGCCAGAUCGGCACGAACAGCAUCGUCAUCCUGUCCGAGCUUGACGACGCCACCCAGCAGAUCACGCGAACGGCGUUCCUGAGUGACUGGGAGCUUUCGAGGACCAAGACGCAGAUGAAGAACGCUGCAGCACCUCGGAUUGGGACGGUAGGACCCUGGUACUUCCGAUCGAGCCUGUCGUUGCAGUAUCCCUUGUCCCGCCCGUAUCGACUGAGCGAUGAAAUUGAGGCGUUCGUACACGUCUUUGAGUACCUAGUCCUACGAUUCCACGUGACGCAACACACCUAUCGUCAAAACUCGUAUAGGGGCCUACAACGCACCGUUGAGGACGUCUACGCCGCCUACAACCUCCAUGACGGUCUUUACAUGGGAGGGGCCCGGAAAUUCGACAACAUGACCCAACCACGACUCUGGCUCAAGCCUGUCAACAACGCUACCUUGUACGAUAUUCUCGAGAAGAUCGCCACAGUAACGAGUCAACACUAUUCGACGAUUGAUUACCGUGUGUACUUCGAACGUUAUGGCCUCAAACCGCCUGGCGACGCGUCCUCCGACCAACCUACCGUCAUCUCCGCCGAUACUUGA